AUGGACAAUCGAGCGUCGCCAACCCCGCCCACCGCUCGCCCCAGGAAUUCCGCCUCGUCCAUCGCAUCCUCCUCCAACACGACGUCACAUGCCGCGCCUGCCUCGCAACAGUCUGCCGGCAUGCCUUCAAAUUCACGGACCGGGCGCGGGAGCACGCCGACGGCCAGCCGGUCUGCCUCCAAACUCAUCGACCAGGACAAGCCGACGCGGGCAGCAAGCAAAGACAGCCUCAAGCAGAAGAUGCUGACCAAGAAGGACGAGCCGCCACAGCUGGGCCGCGCAGAUGAACAGCUCAAGGCGCUCAAGUCGGAGUUUGACAGCCUUCGCACGCAUCUCACAUGCAAGAUCUGUGACCGCUUACUCUACCAACCGUACACCAUUUCCUGCGGGCACACCUACUGCUAUACAUGUCUCUGCACGUGGUUCGUCGCCAACAAGGCCCGCAAGACAUGCCCCGACUGCCGCAUCGUCGUAAAGGACCUGCCCGCCCCCGCCUAUGUGAUACGAGACAUGACGAGCGUCUUCAUCGCGCGAGCCGAACUACUACCCACGGGCGAGAGCAUAGAAGACCACAAGAAGUGGCAGAAAGACGAGGCAGAUGCUGUGCAGCUGGACAAGGAUAACGCGGACCCCCGCGCUGGCGGUCUCUUCAAAGGCUGCUUCAGGCUUCCGCCUCACCAAAACCGCCUGUCACUGCAAAUCGUGCGCGAUCAAGAAGAUGGAGUUGACCGAUGUCCGCUGUGUACCUGGGAGCUGGAAGACGGCGGAUGCACCCAUUGCGGACUGAUAUUCGACGAGACAGGCGAAGUCUCAUGGGGCAACAGCUUCACCGGCUUCAGUGACAUGGACGAGAUGUCAGAGCACGAUCAAGACGACCUCGACGCCGAAAUGGACAUGGAGGACCCCGACUACGACGGCUACGGAGACGGCAUGGAAGACUGGGGCGCAUACCCGCCAGAUCAAGGCUCCUUCAUGAUGCGACGCUUCUUGGACGCUGGCAUGGCACCAAAUGCAGCGGCAUUCGCAAGACGACGACCGAUCACGCAUAGCGAAGCCGGCAGCCGACGCUCCUACUCACAGAGCAUAGUCUCAGACAUAUACGGCGACGAGAUGGAUACGGUUGAAGAGGAAGACGAAGAUGGCCUGGACGAGGACUCUUCGAUGAACGACUUUAUCGAUGACGAGGCCGUACCUGCAUCGAGUUCACCCAGCGCCGCAUCGUCCACUCCUGGUCCUGCCGCCCAGCCUUCGGGUAACAGAGCGCGUGCCCGAGCACGUCGCAUCGUCGAAUCUGAGUCAUCAUCAAACCGCUCGAGCACCGUCGAGGAGGAAGACGAAGACGAGGAAGACGAGGGGCCCGUUCGUAGGGGCAUGAGGAAUCCUGCUCAAACCCGUGUCUUACAUCGGGCAAACGGGUCGAGAUCCUCCCGUGAGACAGCGUCAACAACCUCCACCGACGUCUCCACUGAGGAGCUCGACGAAGAUACACAAGCACUGUUGCGAGAGGAGGGGUGGGAGUUACAACGCGACUACGACGACGAGAUGGGAGAAGAGGAUGAAGAUGACAGCGAUGGAGGAAGGACGACCGUUGGGUGGGAACCGCUUGCGAACUCAAAUGACAGAAGCCGAAUGGGCGGUUCUCUAACACCUACUGCAGAUCGUCCUCGGCCUAGUGCCCCGAUACGCCCGCCUUCCAGAACCGCCAAUGUCCGCGUCUUGAAUACCUCGCGUGGUAUCCGCCGAAGAUCCUCUGUCCUGUCGGGCGCGACAGCCCACUACGAAGAUGGGGAAGCGGACGACGAUGACUCUGACCAAGAUGGCGACGUCGAUCUAGCCCUGAACACCUUGCGGACGCGUCGCUCACAAGCCCAUCUGCGAAACCCUGCAGCUCGCGCUUACAACCAGGGGCCUGCUGCUGCGGAUGGAACCAACGAGGCGGACACUGAUGAUAACUCGGAUAAUUCCCAAGGGCACAGGCGAGGGGCUCCUCGCGUGCCACGCCGGGAAUACGAUCCGCGUAUCAGCUGGAUGUUCGCUGCCCAUCAACAAGCUCUCCAACAACACCAGAUGGCGGGCGCCUUGAUAGACGUCGAACCACGCACCAUGACACCGCUGUCUCGUCCUCGAACAAGGAACAGAAAUCGGCCCAGUCCCGCGCAAGCUUAUUCACCCUUUCUACCUCCUGCGCGCAUUCGAACGCCGCUUAUGGACAACGGCACGAACUAUAUCAUGGAUCCGCGACUCCCAAUAUCGCCACCUCGACGAAGCGCCAUGUCACCUGGCCUACCAGCGAUGGGCAAUGCCGGCAACAUGGGCCGCUUUGAUCGUGCGCCUUCUGUUGGUUCCAACAGCAAUAGUUCUGCCGUCUUGACCCCUGGAAGUUCCUCAGCCUCUUCGCAACACUCCAUCGAUACGAUAGCACAGACACAGGCAGCUGCAGCCAUGGACAUGAUAGAUCGUCCUAUAAGUCGAGUCGGUGCUCGCCCAUCUUCGGCAAAUAGCAGGAGGAACUCUGGCAACUUUGCUGCAGCGAACGCGUUUCCUCAUGCUGCCAUGGGCUUGCAUGUCCAGGGUGCGGCUCUUCCUCCUUUUGCUGCGCGCGGUAACCCUUGGGCUGCAUUUGUGCAGGCACGUGGUGUGCGCAAUCGUAACUCGCGUCAAGUUCUCCGUGAUCAGUCUUCGGUAGCUACCUUGCGCCCAGCGAGCUCUCGCGUCAAUAUUAGAGAGGCUGGCAACCCUCCGCAAGGCGUGAGGCCUCAGCCAUCACGUCUCAAUCUACGACCUCAGCCAUCGCGGCGCCAACUCGCUCCUCAGCCAUCUACACGAGCCUUGCGCACGGCUGAUAAUGGGAGACCUCCCCCAUCACCUACACAGAACGUACAAGCACCUGCGCAACCUGCUGCUCGUUCCGUCGGGCUGACUCCGGACGAACGCAAUCUUCGGGCUCGGGAACUUAUCGAGACCAGAAGACAAGCACUUGGUCAGCGAGACACGAGUGUGCCCGCUCGUACCAAUCCGUUCACACAAGGCUUCCAGCGUCCGGCGAAUCCAACUGGCUCUCCUCAGAUGCAGCAGCCAGCUACAGCACAACACGUGAGGAGCAAUUCAAACGAGUCCAGCAACUCCACUGGGACGGUUCAAGGUGCUCCUGCAUCACCAGUGCUUGGUCGACGCCGUAGCAACCGCAACAUGCUAAACUCUACGCCACCCGGUGUUCUCCCACCGCAACAAGGUGCUUAUGCUGCUCCUCCCGCACAGUAUGCAAACAGCUACUACCGACCACGGCCAGGUUCCUCGGGCUCGCCCGGAGCAUAUGAACCCACUUUGACGAACAACACGCGGGGAAGUCCUAUGAUGGCGGGCCCUCUUAUCUAA